AUGCUGGCCAACCGUCUAAAACAGGUCAUUCCAUCAAUUAUCUCCGAUACCCAGAAUGCUUUUGUUCAUGGAAGACAGAUUCAAGACAAUAUUGUGGUUGCUCAUGAGGUUUACCACUACUUGAGGCUGAAACGAAAAGGAAGCAAAUUUAAAGCAAGUUUAAAGAUGGAUAUGAGCAAGGCUUAUGACAGAGUCGAAUGA